AAAAAAAAAAGGAGAGAGAAGAAAAAUAAAAAAAUAAAAAUAAAAGCAAACACGAGGACUGUAGACUGUACUGCUCCGCUGCCCAUUCAUACAAAGCAGCGAAAGAAAAGCAAAAGCAAAUACUACUCCCUGCAACCAACAACGAAAGCUUUUGUUGCAGCUGCUGCUGCAGCAGCAGAGCCAACCCACAGCAACAUUCCAGAGAGAGCGAGCGAGUAAAAUUUGGAGAGAUUUAAAGAGAGGAAUUAAGGAGGAGCUUCGGUUUUGUUGAUCAAUCAGAAACCUGCAAUUUUUUUUAAAUCUCAUUUCCAAGCUUCUAGAAAGAGAGAAACAAGAAGAAGAAAGAGUUUCAGCUGUCUGUCUGUCUCUCAACAGGAUUUCGCGGUCCAUUGGCUGAAGGAUCCUUCCAUGUAAUAUUACGUUGUACGGAAUAUGGAAAGGAUUGCAGAAUCAAAGGCUCAUCCUGCUAAAUUGCCUGUUGCGAGUCAGGUAUCGUCAAGGGCAUAUGUAGUGUCAGGGAGAGAAGCGAGCCAGGCACCAAAGCUGCAGACAGGUCUGGUAAGAGAUGUUGCAGGUCGAUUUAAUGCACAUCAAUCUCAAAUUACGGACUUUCCUGUGCCUGUUAGACCGUGGAAAGGAAAGGACUAUGCAGCUAUAGAAGACGACUUAAUGCUUGAUGUUGUUGUGACUUCUUCUAAGGGCAGUGGUGAUUCCUUUGAUGAAGGUGGACCGAGUUCUUUCUCUGGGGCUAGUCAUCCACCUGAACCUAUUGACACAGAUCUAAUAAUGAAAACGGUGUAUGUACCAAUCAGUCAAAAAAAAGCUGAGCCUGGAUGCCUUGUGAAGAGCAUGUCUGUGAAGGGGCCUUUUCUAGAAGAUCUUUCAAUCAGGGUUUCGCCCAAAAAACCAAGCCCAGUUAUUCUUUCUCCAGCAGAAAGUUUGGUUGAAGAACCUAAUGACUUGCUCGUAUUGCCUUCUCCAUUUACUGUUCCUCGUGCAUCACAAAAUACAGAAAACUCUCUCCUUCCACCUGAUUCAGAAGAGAAGGAAUGUGUGUGGGAUGCCUCUUUGCCUCCAAGUGGUAAUGUGAGUCCACAUAGUAGCAUUGACAGUACUGGUGUUGUCACAGCUAUGAGCAUUGUCAAUAGCUGUGCCAGUACAUAUCGGAGUGAUGCUAUUACAAGUGAUGGCAUGCUUACUAUAGAUAGAAACUGUGAGAGUACAAAAGGGAGUGUUAGUGUUAGAGGGGAUUCGCUUGAAAGUGCAAAGACUAGUGUUAGUAGAGCAAGUGACAGUAGCGGUCUUAGUGAUGACAGUAAUUGGAGCAAUAUUACUGGCAGUGCAAAUAAGCCUCAUAAAGGAAAUGAUCCCAGGUGGAAUGCUAUUCUUGCCAUUCGAGCACGAGAUGGAAUUUUGGGAAUGAGUCACUUUAGAUUAUUCAAACGCCUUGGGUGUGGAGACAUUGGCAGCGUAUAUCUCUCAGAGCUGAGUGGAACGAGGUGUUUUUUUGCAAUGAAAGUAAUGGACAAGGCAUCCCUUGCAAGCAGGAAAAAGUUGACAAGAGCUCAGACAGAAAGGGAGAUUUUGCAGUUGUUGGAUCAUCCAUUUCUGCCGACUUUAUAUACACAUUUUGAGACGGACAGAUUCUCUUGUUUGGUUAUGGAAUAUUGUCCAGGGGGUGAUCUUCACACUCUAAGGCAACGACAACCUGGAAAACAUUUUUCCGAGCAUGCUGCCAGAUUUUAUGCAGCAGAGGUUUUAUUGGCACUUGAAUAUCUUCACAUGCUUGGAGUAGUCUACAGAGACUUGAAACCUGAAAAUGUCCUAGUCCGUGAUGACGGCCACAUAAUGCUUUCAGAUUUUGACCUUUCCCUUAGAUGCGCUGUUUCACCCACCCUGAUAAGAACAUCAUUUGAUUCUGACCCUUCAAAACGAGCUGCUGGCGGUGCAUUUUGUGUUCAGCCUGCCUGUAUUGAGCCCUCGUCAGUUUGCAUCCAACCUGCAUGUUUUUUGCCUCGCAUCUUCCCUCAGAAAAAUAAGAAAAAGACCCGAAAACCUCGCCAUGACCUUGGGUUACCAGCUUGUGCACUUCCAGAGCUUGUGGCAGAACCAACAGCUGCUCGGUCCAUGUCCUUUGUGGGAACCCAUGAAUACCUGGCCCCUGAAAUUAUCAAGGGAGAAGGCCAUGGCAGUGCAGUUGACUGGUGGACAUUUGGCAUUUUCUUGCACGAGCUAUUAUAUGGUAAAACUCCAUUCAAGGGCUCAGGAAACCGAGCUACCUUGUUCAAUGUGGUGGGGCAGCAGCUUAGAUUCCCAGAUUCACCAGCUACUGCUUAUGCUAGCCAAGAUUUGAUCCGAGGCCUGCUGGUGAAGGAACCUCAGCACAGGCUAGGGGUGAAGAGGGGUGCAACUGAGAUCAAGCAGCAUCCUUUCUUUGAAAGUGUGAAUUGGGCACUAAUUAGGUGUAGCACACCACCUGAAGUGCCAAGACCAGUGGAGACCGAGCCCUCCCCGGGCAGGUUCGGUGCUGUUGACAAAAUUGGGGUCGGCAUUGGAGGCAGCAGCAGUAAAAGGAUGGCAGGGACAGACAUGAAGUCUGGGGGUAAAUAUCUAGACUUCGAGUUCUUUUAGUACAGGCCUGUUGUGGUUUAUUGUAAGUGUCAUUUGUUAAUGUUAUGAGAACAUGCCUGCAGUAUCCUGUUCUGAUAAUCACCUUCCUCAUAAGAAGAUAAAUCAUCAGUUGGGAACCUAAGAGGAUAAAUCUUCUGUUGGAAACCAGUAGCUUCAAUUUACAGAGUAGUUUAGGUCCAUUGGGUUUUAUAGUGGUUGAACAUCAUAAUCAAUUUGAAUCAUUACAAACCUCAUAUUUUAGUUGAGUAGCAGUCUUAAGAACUGAUGCUUUCGAUCAAGUCAAUGAUAUCAAUGGCUACCUUUUACCAAUUA